CCUCUCCCCCCCUACCCCCUCCCCUUUGUGCAGAUCCCCGGAUCGCCCCUUCCCCUUCCCGCCACCUGCGCCCAUCGCGCGACCUCCCGAGGGAGUCUCCUUUCUAGUUUUUCUUCCCCCCCCCCCUCUCCCUGCCGAGCUUGGCCCUGAUCGCCCUCACCGCCCUCUGAGAGGAACCAUUACCCACCAUGGUCCGCGACAAGAAGUCGUCCAAGGGACGUCUUGACAAGUUCUACCGCCUGGCCAAGGAGCAGGGCUACCGUGCCCGUUCGGCUUUCAAGCUGGUGCAGCUGAACAAGAAGUACAACUUCCUGGCCCGGACGCGUGUGCUCAUCGAUCUGUGUGCCGCCCCUGGUGGUUGGUUGCAGGUGGCUGCCAAGAGCAUGCCCAUGUCCUCGCUGAUCAUCGGUGUGGAUCUGGAGCCCAUCAAGCCGGUGGCCUCGAAUGUCAUCACCAUGGUCAAUGACAUUACCACGGAGAAGUGUCGCCAGGACCUGCGCGGCCACCUCCACACUCGCAAGGCCGACGUCGUCUUGCACGAUGGUGCCCCGAACAUGGGUCAGGCUUGGGAGCAGGACGCGUACACCCAGGCGGACCUGGUGCUGAAGUCCCUGCGCCUGGCCACGGAGUUCCUGGUGGAGAAUGGUGUGUUCGUCACCAAGGUCUUCCGGUCGAAGGACUACAACAAGCUGCUUUUCGUCUUCAAUCAGCUCUUCCGUCGCGUCGAGGUGACCAAGCCCACCUCUUCCCGUAAUGUGUCGGCUGAGAUUUUCGUCGUCUGCAUCGGGUAUCUGGAUCCGAAGAAUCUGGAUCCCAAGCUGCUGGACUCGAAGUAUGUCUUCAGCGAGGUCGACGACGGGGCCAAGUCCCUGACCGUCCGUGACCUGAUGAAGCCCUCGCGCAAGCGCCACCGUGAUGGCUACGAGGAUGGCAAUGUCACCCUGUUCAAGACGACCACGGCGGCGGAUUUCAUCGAAGCCGAGAACCCGGCCAACGUGCUGGGCACUUACAACGCCCUGACCUUCGAGGAUGACAAGUCCAAGUCCUUCCUGGAGGGUAUCACCGGGACCCUGCUGACCGACAUUGUGGAGUCUUGCAAGGAUCUCAAGAUCCUCGGACCGCGCGACUUUGCCCGGCUGCUGCGCUGGCGUACCAACAUCCAUCGUGAGCGUGAGCGUGUGGCUCGCGAGGCCGCCGCUGCCGAGAAGGCCGCCCAGGAGCCCGAGGGCGUUGUCGAGAUCACCGAGGAGAACCUGGAUGAGGAGCUCGCCAAGGUCGAGGCCAGCGUCCAGGCGGCCGACAAGCGCCGGCGUAAGCAGCUGCGUCUGCUGCGCGUCAAGCUCCAGAGCCGUAUCCGCCAGCUGGCCAUGCAGAGUGAGACCGGCGAGGCCAUGGAUGAGACGCUCUUCUCACUGCGCGAGCUGAGCAAGAAGUACUCGGACCUGGCGGCACACUUCGCCGAGGGUGGCGAGGGCAUCGUCCUGAAGUCCUCCCAGCACGGUGAGGAUCUCUUCCUCGGCUCGGACGCCGAAGAGGAGCUGGAGGAGGAUGAUGACGAUGGCGAGGUCGAUGCGUCGGACAUCGACGGCUCCGACGCCGAGGCGGCCGGUCCCGACUCCGACACCGAGGAGGCCCACGCCAACUACUACGGCGAGCACACCGACAAGGACACCUACCUGGCCAUGAUCGAGUCCAACAUGCACGACGACUACAUCUCCUACCUGGAGUCGCGCAACAAGACGGCCCUUCUGCGCAAGAUGGCCAAGAUCGAGGCGUCGAAGAAGCGCAGCCGCGAUCCGGCCCAGCAGGAGGAGGAUGCCGACUCCGAUGAGGACCCGGUUCACCGGGCCACCCGGCACCGCCAUCAGGCGACCGGGGACCAUGAUGAGGGCGAUAUGGAUGCCGGCGCGUCCGAGGCCCUUCCCCCCUCGCAGCGGGCGUCCAUCUGGUUCAGCAACCCCCUGUUCAAGAAUGUCCUCGGCGACACGGUGACCAGCGCCCAGCUGGACAUCGCGGAUGAGGAUGACUCCAGCGAGAUUGCCGAUGAGAUUGAGGCCAUCCAGAAGAUGAAGCGCGAGUACACCAAGGCCAAGGGUCGCGCGGCCCUGGCCGCCGGCUCCGGGGCCGGGUCCCGCAAGGUGGUCGGCCGCAUUGUGGACGACGAUUCGGAUGACGAGUCGGACCAUGCGGACUCCGAGGAGGAUGCCCACUCGUCGGGUGACGAGGGUGCCCAUGAUUAUGACGAUGAUGAGGACCUCUCGGACAUGGACUCCGACGAUCUGGCCGACCUGGAGGAGGGUCUCGGGUCGGAUGCCGAGGAUGAGGAUGGCUUCGAGAUUGACCGGCAGGAUGACACCAGUGGGGAUUUCUCGGCCAUGAAGAAGCGCGCCCUGGAUCCGGCGCAGAUCACCCUGGCCAGCCGGCUCCGGUCGAAGAUCCACCGCGAGGCGGAGAUCGAUGCCUCGUACAACCGCUACGCCUUCGACGAUGACAGUGCUCGCGGGGAGCUGCCUUCCUGGUUCGCUGAUGAUGAGGGUCGUCACAACCGGCCGGAGAUGCCCAUCACCAAGGAGGCCGUGGCCCUGCAUCGUGAGCAGCAGCGCGCGGUCGAUGCCCGGCCCAUCAAGAAGAUCCUCGAGGCCCAGGGCCGGAAGAAGGUCCGCGCCACCCGGCGCGCCGAGCGCAUUCGCCAGAAGGCCGAGGCCAUCAUCAACGAGGGCGACCUGUCGGAGAAGGCCAAGCACAAGCAGAUUCUCGGCCUUUACCGCGCCAAGAUCAAGAAGAAGGAGGAGGUUACCUACGUGCCGGCCAUCGGCUCGAACAAGGGCAUCCGCACCCGCCCGCGUGGUGUUACUGGUCGCUACAAGCUGGUCGAUACCCGCAUGAAGAAGGACAUGCGUGCGCGCAAGGCCCGGGAGCGCCGCGCUCGCAAGUAAGCGCGCCUUUGCCAUAGUCCCCUUGCCCUUUCGCCCGCCUUCCCCGAGGUGCCAUGGCGUGAGACAGUGUGUGUGUAUGUGUGUGUGCAUGUGCCAUCGCUUCUCCGCCUCUCCGCUUCUCCCUUCCUUGUGCGGUGUUGCACCACCCCCUCCCCCUAGAAAGAGACUGGCGCCCCCGGGAUGUGGAGAAAUGACUCGUUCUCUCCCCCCCCCCUCCCCCCCC